GGUUUUAUCUGAAUUGACAGCACUUAUCGCACCACAGCCGGAGACUAUCCCCUACUUCUUCCGUUCUCUAUCAUCUACCAUGAACCGCCGCUUCCCCCUCAACACAACCGGUGAUCCCCAUAGUAAUCCCUCUACACAGAUCUACCUGCACUCUAUCAUUUCACUACUCACACUUCCGUCCACGACACCAUCUCCGCCCCCUGGUCCCCUAGAAAAUCUCGGAAUGCAAGACAUGUACCCUGCUUACCUCCAAGCGACACACUUCACCCCACUGCAGGUCAUCCAAGGCCUUCUUCCCCUCUUGCGCACAUUCCCUGCCCGUGCACGUGACGCCGCAGCAAACAACACGCCAAAGAAGAGCGUCAUCUUCUGCCUUCCCGCGACGGACGCACGCGUUGGCCUACCGUUUGCAGGCGCGCAGGCGAUGAGUGCUGCCGCGACACUGCGUGGUGCCGAGGUCCUGCGGCGCGAAAUACGGCUCGCGGCUCUCAUGGACGAGACGCAGGCCAUGAAACACAUUAAGGUCGUCACCGUUGACGUUGGCAGCUUCGGUGUUACCACUAGUCAAGUUGAGAAGUCGCUUGCACCGGAGCAUGCCAUGAUCGAUUGGACCGUGAGCGAGAAGGCGGCGUACGGCGACGCGUUUGCGUCAGCCCUUGCCGGUCAAAUGCAUCACACCUCGAGGCGAACACCGACAGACGUCUCCAAGUUUGUACGCACCGUCGUCGACGUUGUCAGCGGCGGGCGCACAGCGCCACGGCACAAUAUCGAAGCUGUCGAUUUCGUCCUAGGCCGUAUCCGGGAACUCAUCCAUGGCAACCGAGUCGUCGUCGGUGCUGGAGGUGCGCCUUGCAUCUGCCCAGAUAUAUAUAGAGAGCUGAUAUAGAUCGUUUUGUUGCAGCUCGUACAUACGCGCUGGCUUCAAAUCUCCCUGCACUGAUACUUGACGCGCUGCUCAACCUUCCUGCGCUUCUCAUCUCGGCGCGCAACGCUCUGCUUCCCGUCCCUCCCCGCCUGCCGUACCCGCCCCCUGUACCGCCCACGUCUGCCACAUCUGCCGCAGCCCCUGCGGUCGCACCGGCAUCAACUCAGGAGAAAGCCAAACAUCAGGAGGAAGCUCAUCUCGACUCCGGCGACGAGGCCCUCUCAGAGACAGGCUCGGAUGCCGACGUCGAGAGCGGCGCCGAGGGCUCCGGUGUCAGCGAGAGCUGGAUCAGCCUCAAGAAGGAUGGCGAGCACUAAGCCUUUUUAUUUGAAGUUGGGGUGCGUGUAAGUUCUUAGUUUAAAACUACAUCACUAUGUUUUAGUCGAGUGAUUUACUUAGGUGGAGAUGUAUUGUGUAGUGACGAAAGAACGGACUCUUGUUGUACAAAAGUCACUAUUGGUACAUAUGAUGUAUUGUACUUGCUGCAAAUAGUAACUCCCCUUCUCUUAUGUUUAAAGGCAUGGUUUUGA